CUGGAAAACAAAAUCGUACAAACCUGGCCGGACUGACCCCUUUUCUGCUUCCCCCCGUUGGUCAAUGGUCUGUCCCAAGAUGGAGGGCACGGUCUGAGGGCACUGACGCCUGGCCCGCGUGGGAGCGAGUGGGGUUCGGUACACCGGGAGUGUGGGGGGACAGCGCCAUGCCUCACAAGAAGAAAAAGCCCUUCAUAGAGAAGAAGAAAGCAGUAACAUUUCACUUAGUGCACCGAAGUCAGAGGGAUCCUCUUGCUGCUGAUGAUACUGCACCCCAGAGAGUUCUGCUGCCCACACAUAAAGGACAUGAGGAGCAAAGAAGGGAAGAGCAGCGCAAGUAUGGUGUCUUCUUUGAUGAUGACUAUGACUAUUUGCAGCACCUCAAAGAAGCCUCUGGUCCCUCUGAGCUUGUCCCAUCUGUGCGUGGACAGCAAAGCAGAAUUGUCAUCACAAGUGAGGGGCACAUAGAAGAUGAAAUUCAGAGAAUUUCAGCUCCAUCCAUUAAGUUGCCUUCCUCAGUAUUUGCCACAGAGUUUGAAGAGGAUGUGGGCUUGUUAAAUAAAGCUGCUCCUGUUUCAGGACCGCGGCUAGAUUUUGACCCAGAUAUUGUUGCUGCUCUUGAUGAUGAUUUUGACUUUGACAAUCCAGAAAAUAUCCUGGAAGAUGAUUUUGUUCUACAAGCAAAUAAACCACAGAAGAGGGGGCCAGAUGCUGAGGAUGAAGAUGAAUGGGAAGAUAUGGAAGAUGAUAGUGAUGAAAAGGAUAGCUGCAGUACUGAUAAAGAUUAUGAUUCAGAAGGUCCUUUGUCAGGUAAUGAGGCUAAUGGACGGACUAAAGAAUUCCUUUUUAUGCAAGAAGAAACCAGGAGUCGUUUCACAGAAUAUUCUAUGACAUCUUCAGUAAUAAGACGGAAUGAGCAGUUAACCCUUUUGGAUGACAGAUUUGAGAAGUUUUAUGAACAAUUUGAUGAAGAUGAGAUUGGAGCCUUAGAUAACGUGGAGUUGGAAGGCUACAUUAACACAGACAAUGCUCGGUUGCAAGAAGUCCUGGAUGAUUACUACAAAGAGAAAGCGAAGAAUUGUGUGAAAUUGGAUGCUCUUGAACCUGAUGAAGAUUUGGACUCUCCUGCAAAUGAAGAAAGUGAGGAAGAAAAGGAAGAAAUAGUAACUGUAGUUAUUGAGGAGCCAAAAGAAAAGUGGGAUUGUGAAUCCAUUUUGAGUACCUAUUCAAACUUAUAUAAUCACCCAACGCUUAUUAAGGAGCCAUCAAAGCCCAAGCCAAUAAAAAUUUCUCAGAAGACUGGAAUUCCCCUACAUGUCUUGCCUGAGAAAGGUCUCACAGCUAAGCAGGUGGAACGCAUGCAAAUGAUAAAUGGCAGUGACCUGCCAAAAGCAUCAACACAGCCUCGUUCCAAAGCUGAGAGCAAAGAGGAUCGCAAAGCCAGAAAACAGGCAAUAAAAGAGGAGCGAAAGGAACGCAGAAUGGAGAAGAAAGCCAACAAGCUGGCCUUCAAACAGGAGAAAACAAGACAAGAGAAAGAGUUACUCAAUCUGAAACAAAACGUGCAAGGUCUGAAGCUGUCCUGAUGAAACUGAGAAACUUACUGUGGAAGCAUCCCUAAUUUUCAUUUGUAUUGAGAAGGGAACUGCUAACUCACACCUUUGCCAGUCCUGCUCAAAGGGAGUUGUUCAAAUCUCAUUGUACCAAGACCCAGUAAUUUGUCAUUUUUUCUGAAGUGAAAUUCUAUAUAAAAUAAUGUAUUGAUGAUACCUAUUCUGUCAUGAGUGACAUGGCAAUUGCUGCAAAGUUUCAUUGCAGUAGAAAUGUAAUAAAAUUACAAAUAUUUUUCUUACAAGUUUUUAAUUAACAGAGUUAUAUAUAGAUUUGUUGAAUGUAUUCAACAAAUCAACAGAAUCCUACAGAUUUGAUUUGAUUAGAUUCUUAUAUUAAAUUAUUUCAGUUUAUAAAACAGUAUGUUCAUUUAUGUCUUCUCUCUCAUAUACUGAUGGUUGAAUAUAGUUCCAUGCUAUGAUACAGUUUUCUAAGUCAAGGAGUUUACACCCACUCCUCCUUGUUUUUUUUUUUUUGUUUUUUUUUUUGGUAGGUUAUUUAUUGUUUUGGUUCUAUGAGGGAAGCGUUUUUGUAAACAGAGGUGUCUGAAAAGCUGUUGUGUAGCUAGACAUUGCUGUUACCUAACCUGAGUUUUACAUUUCCUGGCAAAUAAAGUCUGUUGCAAGGACUGUUGCAGUUACAGUAGUCAGUGACCCUUAAUGUUGCCAUUGGAAUUGGAUUUGCUGGAAGUAUUCAGUCUGAGUAUCAUGGCAAGCAGCAGAAUCUUGGAUAAGAAGUGUGUGUUACAGAUAGUCACUGUCUUGUUUUCUCUGUAAUAUGCUUCCUCAGGAAAUCUGUUUAAUUGGAAUACAAACUUACUAUCCACUAUAAUUGUUGUUAAAACUUCCUGAAUAUGAGGUGAGGGCCAAAAUCUGUAGGUUUGGCAUGAACUUAAAUGUUUAUACUGUCAACAUUAGAUAUUUUGAUAGUCACCAGUCCAUAAAGUGAGUGAAUAGGAUUUGUAGCCAGUCCUGAAUCCAUCCAUAUUAAUAAAAAACCCCUUUGCUUUAGGUCUAUAUGAUACAGACAGAACAAUCUUCUGCCUUUAUUUGAAAAAUUAACCUUUUUACUGGAAGGGAUAUGGUGACCAACACCGAUGGAGUGGCUUGACUAGUGGUGAAUUCAAGGCAUCUUCAAUAUUCCUUCAGUAGUUUUGUGAAUACUAGAUGGAGACAAGCUGACAGGGACUGAUGAAGUCUUUCAGUGUACAGAAACAAUUCAAAAAUAUGUGUUUUUAUUGGAAGAAGGCUUUUAUAUUUUAAUUGGUAAAGUAAUAUGAUUUUGGAGAAGGGAAUAGAGACAUUUGAGUCUGCAAGUCUUGCUCAGAAAGCUGAAGUAUCAAUACAGUAUACACAUCUAGAUUAAGCAUUCAUUUUCUAGAGUUAUCUUUUAACAGAAUCAAUAGAAAUAGUCUGUAAAACUAGAAAAAGUUUCAGUGUUUUCCUUUAGCUGAUGCCUCUACUAGUUUUCAUGUGUUUGACAAGCUAAAGCACGGUCUGCCUGUGUCAUAAUUGCUAAUUGUGUAAUCACUGAUUCUAUGGUAACUGGGGUACUGACCAUCCAGUACUCAUGACUCCUGACAACAAAACAGAAAAGGAAAUCUGAGAAGCAGUUCUGGGGAGAUGAGUCAGAUACCAGGAAAUAAGUUCAAUGGAACAAGUAAGUAACGGAUGCUGUUCAGUGCUUUGGGGUGGAAUAUGAUUUUGUGGUUUACCAAAAAGGACAAUCUUUUACUAGGGCCAGUGCACAUGUUCUUUGCUAGAUUUUUCAUCACUGAUUCAGUGGUACUGUGCUUAUACCUAAAAUCCUUUAAAAAAGAAACAAAAGAAAAAAAAAUCUUGAGGGGAUGAGAACAGAAUAAAGAGGUGGGUGAGGCAGAGGAAGGCACUUGAAAGGAAGAGUGUAAUCCGGACUAAGGACAGACACAGCUGUUGCUUGGGAAACAAAAGAGGAAAGACGUUUAAACAAAGAUAAUAGGAAAGGAGUAAAAAAGAUUACAGAACUGCUUUGUUCCUCUGCAUUUGUAAUCAGUGAAACACUGCAGUAAUCUUAAUUGUACUUUGCAGCGUGGUAAAAUCCCAAGGAAAAGGUAAGAAACAAAAGCAGCCAUUCAUCUGCUUAGCAAGACAAGGAUUUCUUUUGUUUUAGCAAGAACAGGUAAAGAACACUUGCAUGAGAAGUCCAUAGAGAAGUUAAUAAGUCUAUAGUUUGCAAGUCAAAUGAAAGGGACUCUUUUCCCUGAAGUUUUCUGACAGACUAUUUUUGUUUAAAACAAGUCAUGUCCCUGCUCUGAAAUAGGUGUGAUUGUCUUUGGAGUUAAAAGGGCCUGAAACUACCUUCCAUGUAACUUUUACACCUAUUUUUUCCCCAAACAAAUUUAACAUCUACAAAGUAAGAUCAUCUUGGAAUGUUGCUUAACAUAUCACGGAAACAUUCCACCUUAGUAAUUAAGAUCGUGCCAUACUUUGCAUGACACUUUCUACCUAAGCCAUUUUUGGGUAUCACUAGCUCCUGCUGAUGUCCAAACUAUAAAUUUGGGUGGGUGCAGGUCAUGUGCCCCGAAUUUAGGCAGUGAUGGACUUAAGUAUUGUUCCACCAUCUCCUCAGCCAAAUGUGAUGUCAUUUUGAAAGCACAUACCUAAGCAGUCAUGUGGAAAACAGAAUGCUGCCUGUCACAGCAAAGGAGAGCUUGUGCUUUGUUGGAACAGGAUAAAUCAGGAGGGAGCUCUGCAAAGAGGAACCCUGGUAUGCAACAGGAGGGUUGGAUUUGAUAAUUCUUGGGUCCUUUCCAGCCCAGGAUCUUCUGUAAUUCUAUGGAGAUGUCCCUUUCUGACAAUGAAGUACUUGUUCCAGUGAGGACCCUGUCCAAGUGCCGACUCUGCCGCAGUCAUGAGGUCCCGUGCUGUGUAACUGAGACUCUUGUACAGCUGCCUGAAGUCAAGGUCUGCCUCCUUCUACAACCGGUGGAAAACACUUUGCAUAUUUUGUGGCAGAACCCCCUUCUUUUUAAUGGGAAUUUCAGUGCAUUUUGCUGAAAUGGGUAAUGAGCACUGGAGAAGGAGGUGGCGACUGCUAGUAGAGAAGUGGGUUGAACAAGUUUGAAACAGCAAAUUAUCUAGUAGCUGCUUUCAUUAGUGAAUUUGAUUAAAGAAUUUAUCAUGCACACACUGUGAAUUCAUCUUCACUCUUGCACUGUCUUAAUUUACCUGCUUGUCCAAAACCAUGUUUAUUUACUAUAUGCUAAAUUAAAAAUUAUGUAUUUUCCCUUGGUGAGGCAUAAAUUACUAACUUGCAGCUUUCUUUUUUGUUCCAGGGUUUUAGGCUGAAUUUGUUAUUUCAGUCUUCUUGGAAAAAAUAGACUAAUAAACCAUCUGAUAAG